AGAUAAUUCAAAUAAUAGCAUGCAAGGUGAUCUUUUGAGUGAAUAUAUACAUCUAGCAAUAGACAAAAAGGCAAAAUGGGUUCUUAAAAAUUUAUUUAGUACUUCUCUCAAUGCUUCUGAUUAUUUAAUUAUAGCAUUAAAUGAAUAA